ACAAAAAAUGGUAAAUAAUUAAAUUUCUAUGAAUUUAAAACGUGCUGGUCAAUUACAAAGUGCCUUUCAGUAAAUAAGUAAAAUCGAUGCGAUAUAAUUUGAUAUUAUGGCUAAGUCUAUAGCAAGUAAUCAUGAAAUGAUUUCUAACGAUAACAGCACGAAAGAGUUUUUACUACAUGAGAAGUCUUGUGAAGCAUUUAAAGAUAGUGACGAGGAGAUUAAAAUGAUUUUUAACGAAAUCAAGAAGCUCUCUGACUCCAAGAACUUCAGCCACGAAGUUGACGAUGAUAACGAUGAUGUGGAGUUAAUUUUAAAAAGAGCUGAAAAUAUCGCUCAGGAAACUGAAAAUUUACUGAAAAGUAGCCCGGUAUCCGCUGUAAAUGGUAUUCGCCCUUACAUGGAGAUAGAAAAUAUACCGCAAAUAAAAGUAACGAAACCUAAUGAAAAUGUACGUAGUGAAGAGCAAAAAACUCCCAGUAAGGCUAAUCAAAAUGCAAAUACAAAACAAAAUGCUAAAGAAUGCAGCGAAGUUCGAAGAAAACCGAAGCUAAGGCCUUUCUCUGCUGGCGUCAUCGAUUCCAAGAAAAAAGAGGCAGCGAAAGUAGCUAGAUUUGUUACAAAUUCACCAAAAAAAGUCCAAAUUUGUAAACACGAAUCAUUAUUAGAAGAAUUGAAGGACACUAACGAAAGAGUAAAAAGCUUAGAGUUAUUGAAUGUACAUUUAACAGAUGAUAAUAAACUGCUUCGCAAAAAAUUGGAACAAAUCAAUGAAGAUAAAUACGUUGCCGAAUUAAAAGUAACUGAAUGUGAAAGAUUGGUCAAUCGGCUCUCAAAAGAAUAUGAAAGCAGAAAUUCAGACUUAAAAAGUUGCAAGCAAAAUGAAAACUGCCUUAUGACGGAAUUAAAUACGGAAAAAAAUGAAAGAAAGAAUUUAGCGAUACAACGAGACAAAGAUGCUGUAGUCAUACAAGAUCUACGGAGACAGGUUAAAGAAAUGGAGCUUAUACUAAAAAGAAAACAUCCGGACUCCGUGUCGGCGUUAAUAGUUGCCUCCAAGUCGUCAUCCGUUGAAGACAACAAAAAGAAGUUGCUAGAAGAACGUAUCGCUCGGUUGGAACAGGAGUUGAAAGAUAAAGAAAACCACUUCCAGACCAUACUAGUGACACUGCAAGAAAAGUUUGGCGACAUGAAACAGAAGUAUGAAAAUCAUAUAAUCGACGUCGAACGACAAUUGAUGGAGGAUCGAAAAGUCAAUAACAAUUUGAAAAGCAAAAUAAACAAGCUCAAUUUGAAGGAUGCAGCAGUUCAAACGGCCACUAAAAAUCCGCAUUCAAUCGGAACUCAAACAUUUCACAAAUCAGACAGGGCAUCGUCAGCCGUCAGCAGGUUGACUCAAAACUCCGCAUUGAUAUUUAACAGAUUAAAAGAGGACAGUUAUUUGGUGGCCACUAUUAAAGGGCUGCAGGCAGAGCUUACCGUUAAACAGCGCACAAUAUCGAAGAUUAAUAGAGAGACUGAAGAAUUAAGGAAAAACUUGCGAAGCUUACAGAAAGAAAAAGAAGUGUUACUCAAUUUGAACCCACAAAAGAAAACUGCCAAGCAAGCGAAAUCAACGGAGAACAUAAUAUCACGAGUUAAUACAGAAAUGGAAGCAGAGCUGAGUGAGGCGAGGAAGCAAAAGGAAAACCUGUUGGAAGAUAGAGCGGGCUUGCUGGCUUCUUUAAAACGCACUAACGAAGAUUUGAUAUUAUUAAAGAAGAAACGAAUACAAGAUCUCCACACACUCCAGCUGGCGCAUGAAAAAGAACUGAUGCAGAUGAAUAUGCAACUGUACCCGCUACAAGAGGAGAUUAAACUUCUCAAUAGGACGGUGGAAAUCCUCCAGGAGAGAGUCAGAGCUGCUGACGACAAGCUGGUGAAGUAUCAGUCGGGAUUGAAAUACGAUAUCCACGCUGGGGGGGAUGUUCAUGUAUCAAAGAAUAAUGUAUGACGUUAAUUAUUUUGGCCUAGUGACUCAGAAAAUAUUAAAUUGUUGUUUUUUUUACACACAUUUACACCGCCGCCAUUUUGAAAAUUUGUAUGUGCACUAUUUAAACUCGGACCUUAGGAAGGUAUGUUUUUGAUCCGUUUUUCAUUGGUUAAGAUUUCUCGCUGCUUUGUCACAAUUUAGAUUUUCUUUUCAACAACUUAUUUUACAGAUGGUAGUGUGAUUCGUAUUAGAGAAGAGAUAACUAUAGAAUAUUUUAAGACGAAUGCUUUAAGAAGUACCUACCACAAUAUAAAAAGCUAUACGAUUAAAAUGUUAUUUUUAUUACUUAGGACCGGUGGAGGUUGAGGGGUGUACUAAUGAUAGUUUCAUUUGCAAACUCUCUUCUUUUCCAAGUUUACGUGACAUGAUAAAUUGAAAUAGAUACUCAGAUAUAUUAUUUCCUUAUUCAAGUGUACCUGUUGAGUGCGAAAAGCUAUUAAAUCGCAUACUAAUUCCAAGACUCGAUAAGUGCUAAUUCAGACUAAGAGUUAAAAACUACGCGUUCGAAAUUAAUAGUCAAACUAAUCCAAAAUCUUAAGAUGUUAAAUUAAUUAAGUACUGGUAUCCUAUUCCUUCCCUUCUUUAAUACCACA